AUGAUUGAGACGGGUACUAAGAAGGGUGGGAAUGGCGUGAUCAUGCAGAGAUAUUGGGAUGAAAAAAAAUCCAACGAGUAUCUAUCUAAGUCAACACUUGUUUUUGUGAUGGAAGUUUAUUCAAAUGUAUUCCUUACACGGAAACAUGUUUGCAUUAUUAACCUUCACGUAUUGGAAGUGGCUUUCGUUAGCAACUUUGAAGUGGACAUUGCGAGCCUCAAUGGUGGAAAGCACGCAUGCUCUCUGCUUGGAACUCAAAAAUACACCGAUUGGGGCCAUCUAAUGGGGCCUUCAUUACCCGUUCUGUGCUCACUCCCAACUUUGCUUUCGUAA